AUGUUUUUAGUCCUUCCAGUUUGCAGAAUGUAUGCAGAUAUAUUCAGUUCUUCCGAUAGUGAUCGGGAAGAGGAGCCAGUUAGACGUAUCGAAUCACGCCCUUUACAUCUGUCUAGUGAUGAAGAAGAUAUUAAACGUAUUGUCAAAAGUGGUCGGAAUAAACGAUGUGAAGAAAUGCAAAGUAUAAUAAAGAACCUGAACAAUCAUAAGAAAAUUAAGGAUAUGUCAAAUAUAAUCAUUGAUUUUCAAAACUUGGUAAAAGUGUACGAGAAAUCUGUUCAAAUGAAUGAUUUCGAUGGAGUGCCACCGUUUUAUGUUCGCUGUAUAGCAGAGCUUGAAGAUUUUGUUAACGAUUCAUGGGAAAAGAAAAAAGAAAUGAAUAAGGGUGCAGUUAAAUCGCUUGCGACGUUAAAACAACGUGUAAAGAAAUAUACACGACUAUUUGAAGCAAAUAUUCGCGACUUUCGUGAAAAUUCAGAAAACUAUGUAGAUGAAGAACCUGGAAUUUCUGAUGUCGAAGCUGAUGAACAGGAAGCAGCUCCUUCACCGAUAAAGGUUUCUGGAACUUUACCUACUUCCACUGUCAAGAAAUCAACACGAAAGUCGAUUGCAUCUGAUUCAGAGGAUGAUGACGAUGAUAUGGGUGAUAGUGACAGUGAUGACUUUUCUGAUGACGAUGAUAGUUCAAGUACUAGCAGCAUUGAUAUAAAUUUGGAUCGUUGUAAAGAUCCUUCGGUAUACUUUUUAAAAAGUACUUCGGAUGAUAAAAAGGAUAAAACAAAAAUUAAGAAAAUUGCAAAAGGUCGAUCAACUAAAAAACAAUUAAGAGCUUCAUCUGAUAUAGAGGAUGGAACAUGGACUACAAUUGAUUCUUACGGACGACCGGAAAUUCAAGUUCAAGCCUUCGAAAAAGGACAAGAAAUUAAUUUUGAUGUCGUAGUUAAGAAAAUGACAGAAAUUUUUGCAAGUCGUGGUAAAAAAGGUGCAAGUACCAGUGAUCAAAUUGUGUUACUUAUGCAAGUUGAAGAAAAAAUUAAGGAGUGUGAUCUAUCUCGUGGGUUACACGUUAAGGUUCUAUUCGCUUUUAUUAGCGUACUGUUCGAUUAUGACAAAAAGCAUGAUUGUAUGAACUCCAACUUAUUCGACCGAACUCUUAAUGCAUUCGAUCGUUUAUUUGAUCUGUUAAAUGAAAUAAAUAUUCAACUGAUUGCAUUGGAUUCUAAUGAUGAUGAAUCAUUUGAGCAUGAACCGUACCGUAUCAAAGCAUCUAUUCUGACUGUGGUGGGUCUUUUAGAUGUUGAAUGUUUCAAAGUUCUGCAAAAUGCCAACGGCCAUGAGUCGGAAUAUGUUGACAGACUUCGAGAUGAACGAAGAGUCUGUAAUAUUAUUGAUCGUUUAUGUGCCUAUCUGGAAAAGAAAGAAUAUCCUCCAGAUGCACUCUGUGCUGCCUAUCUUCAUAAACUGGAGCACAUGUACUAUAAGUUUGAUUUUGAAUGGGGUCGUAAAGUGGAAGCUUCCAGUAUGGAAGAAGUUGGACUUCAUCCUAACACUUUAGUUAUUCAAAAACUUUGCGAAUAUAUUUAUUUAAAUGAUCGAACAGAUAGACUACGUACCAGAGCUAUUCUCUGUCAUAUUUAUCAUUUAGCUCUUUAUAAUCAAUGGUUCAAAGCUCGUGACUUGAUGCUUAUGUCUGAUUUGCAAAUGUCAAUUGAACAUGCUGACCAGUCAACUAUGAUCCUGUAUAACCGUGCCAUGGUUCAGUUAGGCUUAUGUGCUUUCCGUCAGUCCCAUAUUCGUGAUGCACAUAAUGCUUUAGCCGAUAUGAUUGGAUCUAAUCGUAUUCGGGAACUACUUGCUCAAGGUCUUCAUACUCAGUCUAGAUAUGAGAAAACUACUGAGGAAGAGAAGCGCGAACAAGCCUUACAGAUGCCAUAUCAUAUGUAUAUAAAUAUUGAUCUAAUAGAAUGUGUUUAUCUGGUAUCUGCAAUGCUUUUGGAAAUCCCAAAUUUAGCAGCUCAUGAAACGGAUUUACGUUGGCGUCCUAUUAGUAAACCGUUUCAUCUUGCCUUACGUGUUCAUGAUCGUGCUGCAUUAGUUGGACCACCUGAAACACCAAGAGACCAUGUUCUAGCUGCUGCUAAAGCUAUGCGUUAUGGCAAUUGGAAAGCUUGUACUAAUUUUAUCAUCAAUCCCAAAAUGGAUGCUAAAAUUUGGGACUUAUUAUUUGAAUCGAAUAAAGUGAAACAGAAUUUAGAAGUUAAAAUUAAAGAAGAAUCAUUACGCAGUUUUUUAUUUACUUUUAGUGCAAUACACGAUUCAAUGACAUUAGAUCGUUUAUCUAUGUGUUUUGAAUUACCAAAAUCUGUAAUUUAUUCAGUCAUUUGUCGAAUGAUUAUCAAUCAAGAAUUAGCUGCCUCUUUGGAAGUUCCUAGUGAUGCAUUAAUAAUGCAUAAAACAGAACGUUCACGUCUUCAGGCUCUUGCUUUGCAGCUUAGUGAUAAAGUCAAUAGUAUAGUUGAAAUGAAUGACAAACUAAUUGAGUCACGUACUGGUGGUUUGUCUGGUUUGAAAGGUUCUCAGUCGUAUCAAGGAACGCGUCGUGUGGGAACUCGUUACACUUUGAAUAAAUUUAACUGA